AUGAGUCGAUGGUCGGUGGGCUCUGCACCAGGGAGCGUGAAACCGGUGUACGGUGCUCGUUAUCCUCCUCUACAACACGAUGUACCUUGUGGAAGUCCUAGCAAGGAUUUAGCAAAGCAGUCCAAAUUCCAAGAUUACGAGAACAGUGUGUCGGAUGCAUGGGACACUCGUGUCUUAGUUGAUGAUGCUCUCGCGUCCGCAUCAGCAGCCCGAGUACUUGCAGCUCAUGCUGCUGGAAAGACAAGGGAGGAGGUGAUAAUGCCUCCUGUUAACCCCGCCCCAACUAAAAAUGGGCGCGUUCAAGCACUACAACGACUUGCUAUACAAAAAGAUCCAUUGCCUUCCACAAUUUGCAAUGCUCCUGUACAAAAUCCAAAUCCUAUCUAUCCAAAGCUGCCAGAGAUUUCCGGUGAUCAAGUUCGAAUAACAGUAGCUGCGGUGAACGGAACACAGCCAGGUGGUGAGCGUGAUCAGACGCGAUUCGAACGUCUUCGUCGUUUGUUUUCCACUGGAAAGUCGAAUGGGAGAAACUCUCCUCCAGCAGAUAUUGACAUGGAAAAGUUGAGAAAGGAUUGCUGGAUGGGAAUUCCUCACAAACUGCGUCCUCAUGCAUGGAGAUUGCUUUCGGGAUACCUCCCUACCAAUUAUGAACGGCGGGAAGCUACACUGGCUAGUAAAAGGGAGCAAUACUGGCAUUAUGUGGAACAGUACUUCCAUUUAAGAUUUGAUGAUCAAAAUAAUGACACAUUCAGACAGAUCCACAUCGACAUACCAAGAAUGUGUCCUCUAAUUCCCCUGUUCCAGCAGAAGUUGGUGCAAGAGAUGUUUGAAAGAAUAUUGUACAUUUGGGCUAUUCGACACCCUGGUAGUGGCUAUGUGCAAGGAAUUAAUGAUCUAGUCACACCAUUUUUCGUGGUGUUCAUAUCCGAGUUCAUUCCACAGGACGUCGAAGUGGGGUCGUUUGAUGUUUCUCAACUUACGCGUGAACAGUGUGAAUUGGUCGAAGCAGACUCGUUCUGGUGUGCUUCAGCGUUACUUGACUCGAUUCACGAUAAUUACACAUUCGCUCAGCCAGGUAUCCAGCGGAAGGUUCUACAGCUCAAACAUCUGAUGAGUCGAGUUGAUCGGCCUCUACAUCUACAUUUGGAAUCAAAUGGAAUAGAAUACCUACAGUUCUCUUUUCGAUGGAUGAAUAAUUUGCUAAUGCGGGAAAUCCCUCUUCGGGCUACAAUCCGGCUUUGGGAUACGUACCUGAGCGAACCCGAUGGAUUCUCACAGUUCCACAGCUAUGUUUGUGCUGCGUUCCUUCGAACAUGGUCGCGACAACUGCAAGCAGAACGUGAUUUUCAGGGGAUCAUGAUCCUACUCCAGAAUUUACCAACUCAGUGCUGGGGAGAUCGAGAAAUAUGCGAAUUGACGGCGGACGCUUUCUCCCUGAUGUCCGUUUUCGACGGAGCGAGGCGGCACCUUUCUAGUCCUGCGGAGCUGUAG